AGGCUGAGGUGGCAGCGCCCUGCCGACAUGGAGCUGCCGCAGAUGCCGGAGCUGAUGGGCCUGUCGCUGUUUCUCGGGCUGCUGGCCCUGGUGGCGACGGCGGCGGUAGCGCGGGGUUGGCUGCGCGCGGAGGAGGAGACGUGCAGCCGGUCCGCCGGCCAAAAAGCAAAUGGAUUGCCACUUGACAAGUCCUUGAGAUCCAAGAAGCAGAAACAGCAUCAACGAAUUCGCAGGGAGAAGCCUCAACAGCACAACUUCACUCACCGCCUCCUGGCUGGGGCACUGAAGAGCCACAGUGGGAACAUAUCUUGCAUGGACUUUAGCAGCAAUGGCAAGUACCUGGCCACCUGUGCAGAUGAUCGCACCGUCCGCAUCUGGAGUACCAAGGACUUCCUGCAGCGGGAACAUCGCAGCAUGAGAGCCAAUGUGGAGCUGGACCAUGCCACCCUGGUGCGCUUCAGCCCUGACUGCAGAGCCUUCAUCGUCUGGCUGGCCAAUGGAGACACCCUUCGUGUCUUCAAGAUGACCAAGCGAGAGGAUGGGGGCUAUACCUUCACAGCCAACCCAGAGGACUUUCCUAAAAAGCACAAGGCACCCAUCAUCAACAUUGGCAUUGCGGACACAGGGAAGUUCAUCAUGACUGCUUCCAGUGACACGACUGUCCUCAUCUGGAAUCUGAAAGGUCGUGUGCUGUCUACCAUCAACACCAACCAGAUGAACAAUACCCAUGCUGCUAUCUCCCCCUGUAGCAGGUUUGUGGCCUCGUGUGGCUUCACCCCAGAUGUAAAAGUUUGGGAAGUCUGCUUUGGGAAAAACAGCGACUUCCAGGAGGUUGUGCGAGCCUUUGAACUGAAGGGGCACUCUGCAGCCGUCCACUUCUUCGCUUUCUCCAAUGACUCCCGCAGGAUGGCCUCGGUCUCCAAGGACGGUACGUGGAAACUGUGGGACACAGAUGUGGAAUACAAGAAGCAGCAGGAUCCCUACUUGCUGAGGACAGGCUGCUUUGAAGAGGCGAGCACCAUGCCAUGCCGCCUGGCACUCUCCCCUGACGCCCAGGUCUUGGCCUUGGCCAGUGGCAGCAGUAUUCAUCUCUACAACACCCGGCGGGGUGAGAAGGAAGAGCGCUUUGAGCAGGUCCAUGGGGAGUGUAUCGCUGACUUGUCCUUUGACAUCACCGGCCGGCUUCUGGCCUCCUGUGGGGACCGCGCAGUGCGGCUUUUCCACAACACCCCUGGCCACCGGGCAGUGGUGGAGGAAAUGCAGGGCCUCCUGAAGCGGGCCUCCAACGAGAGCACCCGGCAGAGGCUGCAGCAGCAGCUGACCCAGGCCCAGGAGGCGCUGAGAAGCCUGGGUGCCUUGAAGAAAUGACUCUGGGAGGGUCUGGCAGGAAGGGUCUGGCAUGCUGCUGCCACCACGGCUGCCACUUUUCUUCCCAGGUACUCCCCAGCUGGAAACCUUUUGAAAGGCGUAUUCUGAUUUUCUCAGUGGUGGCUCCUCUCUCCCUUUUCCCCAUUGAAACUAUUCUUGCUUACUUUGAUCUCUCUCUCUUCUUGCCGGUUGUGACUCCUGGCCUUACUUGACCUCCCAGUCUAAUAACCAAGGUGCUUCUCUUUCUCCUGGGCCCAAGGGAUGGAAUCUGUCUUCACCAGGCACGGAGGGAAAGAGUAAAUUGAAGAGAGAGAGGACAUGGCCUUGACCUUGUGGCAACACACCCUCGUACCCAAAGGAGUUUGUAAUUGUGGAGGCAAAACCUAGGGGACACCUGAGUACUAACCAGCAGUCUUGGCAGGGUUGGGAGCCUGGGAUACAAUCCAGUGACAGAACUGUGGUGUGGUGUCAGGGAAGGGCUAGUCUUAAUCCAGGCGAAGCUCCUAACUCUAUCGAAAAGGAAUUAAGGGAUUCCAUUCUGUGCCUCAGUUUUUUUUAUUUGAAAAUGGAGAAUGAUUUUUUCUUGACCUGCUUAUUAGAAAGGUAUUGUGAAGGUAUGCACGUAUAAAGUCCCUAGAUUUGGAAGAAAAGUGGAAAAGAGUAGUAAUAUAUGUUGUCUGUCGGCCAAUCUCACUAACUAACUACCGGGUAAAAGUGGGACUCAGUGUAGUUGCAAACUAAAUUAAAGGGAAGGAAACACAUCUCUUGGGAAGGCGAAGUUUCUGGAACUUGAUCAUACAUGUUGUAUCUGGUUCUGCUUUAAGUUGGGUAGAGGAAUCAUAGGAAUCCAAGAUUGGACUCCUGUCUUCAAGGUGAUAUCCUCUUUGAGGGGAUCUCUUUUCAGUUUGUCAGGUAUUUCAGUGCCUGCUCUGUGCUCAGCACUGCACGAGGCACUGGAGAUAAAUACGAACAAGACAUGAUCGCUGCCAUCAGAGAUGGCUGGUGGGAGAGAGGGACAUGUGGCUGUUAAGUGCUUUUUGCUAGUUAAUUCAUAGCUAUAGACGCUGCUGUAAAAAGGCAAGAGAGAGGAUUGAAUCAGGACGUAGGCGAUGGAUUUGAAAUUGAAGGGAUAGAGUUGGUAAGAGAUGAGGCAUUUCAAAGUUCAAAUGUUUUGGAUUUGAGACUGCUUGAAUGUGGGAGAAGGGAAAUGAGGAUCCAGGGAGACUUGAAUCUUGGCAAAAUGUAUUCCUCUGAAAUCACAUUCUUGCUGUCUCUCUCCCUAAAAUCAGGGCCGCCCCUAGACAUCCCCAACUCAUAAAUGUUUGAACAAGGCACAACCUUGAAGUUACCCCUAAUGACUCCCUUUUUCAUUAAUCCCUCCGGUAUGCUCCCACUCCUACCAUCCACUCCAUCAGAAAAUUCUUUUGGUUAGACUCAGGAUAUACCUGAAUCUGCUUCUCUCCAUCUUUUCUGUUACCGUCCUGGUCCGAGCCACUGUCACCUACUGGACUGUGGAUAAGGUAGCUUCCUCACUGAUCCCCCUGCUUCCUCUCUCGCCUCGUUAAGUCGCUCUCUACGUAGCAGAGUGAUUUUUGAAAGUGUAAACCAGAUCACAUUGUUCCCAAGCAAAAACCUUCCAGAGGCUUCCCAUUGCACUUGGAAUAAAAUCCAAAAUUCUCAUCAUGGCCUACAAGGUGCUAUGUAAUCUGGCUUCUUCCUUCCUCUGUGAUCUCGUGACCGCUCUCCUAGCCACCCCAACCUUGCUGUUACGGAUUUGACCAAGCCAAGUUCUGUCCUGCCUCAGGCGGAAGCUGUGCUUGUGCGUUUCCCUCUGCUUGGAAGCCUUUUUCUUUUCUGUUGACAGACUUGUCAUGCUUGUCAUUAUUCAGGUCUCCCUUUCAAUUACACUUCAGAGAGAGCCUCCCUGACCACCCAGUCUGAAGUAGCCCUUUCCACCAAUCAUACCACACCUGUCACAUUAGCUUACUUUAUUUAUUUUGUAGUGACCUAAUGCUAUCUGAAAUGAUCUUGUUUGGAUAUAUGUUUGCUCCAGGGGUUUCGGCUGAAAUGCUUAUGGAUGUCAAGGGGAAAAUGUAAAUGCAUGCGUGGGGCCACAAUGGCCUGGGUGUAAGAUGGUGAAAAAUGGGGGGAAACUGAAGUGAUCUCUAGAGGGCAGGUGUCCGGGGUGAGGGGUAGGGGUGGCUGCUACUUAUUAUUCAGGAAUCCAGCAGAAGUUGCUUGUUUGAGAGAAGCUAGAAGUUGGCGAUUUAUUAUAAAAACAAAAAUUAAACACUGUGGACCAAACAGAACACUAACGUGGGCCAGAUGCCGCCCACCAAUCUCUCAUUGGCAGCUUCUGGAUUGUUCAUUAAGCUACAGAAAUGUGAGCUCCACAGGGGCAGAAUCUUUGUCUUAUUUGCUCUGUAUCCCCAAGCACAAUACCAGGGACAGAGUAAGCACUCAAUAAAUAUUGAAGUCAAAUGGGGGGGCAGUUAGCAGACAUUUGAUACCCUCUGUGUGCAUCAUCCCACUCAAUUUCCAUUGUGGUUUUAUGCUCUUGAUAACAGACUUCUGGUUAAUAACGCUAUGCACAUGGGUCCCGGUGAACAGUUGCUUUCAGGUUGUCAGAAAAAUGAGGCUAAAACACUUCUUUGCAUAUCUGUUUGGCUCUGGCUUUACUCUUCACUGGGUAUCCGGGAGGCAAGUGACCGUAGUAUGUUGAGUUACUGAAGUCAGACGUCUUUGGCUUCAGGUUUGGCCGGGUCACUUAACUGACUUGAGACCUUGAGCAGAUAGAUCACUGGGCGUCUGAGUUUGUUUCCUCCUCUGUAAAAUGGGAAUAAAUCCUGUUCUGAGGGCCUUGCAGGGCCGUGAGUAUCUAAUUAGACGAGUGAAGCCCUACAAAAAAGUCGUCACAGACUUCCUGAGGACACUGCUCCUCUCACUAAUGUUGAGGCUGCUUCGCAUGGAGAAGGUAUCUGGAUAUUAACCUAGAGCAGAGGCCGCUGCGUGUUUUUGAUUAAAACUCUGUGUGUGUGAAGGCAGCAUUAACAUUUUAGUAUUACUAUCUCAACUUCUGUGGGUUUGCAAUUUUUCAAAAUAAAAGGCCGGGGAUAUAUUUUCAAUGGUGGUAUAUAGCCUAUUUUUAUCAGUCAUCAAAAAUAGAACACAAUACUUAAACCACAAAGGUGCACAUUUAAAGCCCUAUUGAUAGUCUUGGUCUAUUUCCAUCAAAGUAAGAAGGCUCCUCCUAUUCAAGAUUGUCCUGUAAUUGGAGAUUACAGGUGGUGAGUAGGAAACACAUACUGUCGUGAUGAGUCAUCAGUGAUAGUAGAUUAUC